UAGUUUGGUGGGUAGGUUCAUUGUACAAUUGAUCACAUAUCCUAGGGAUAUUCUUAGUUAAGUUAAAAAAUGAGAGUAGCUAGAAAAUGCUCAUAUUGUGGAACUAUAGGACACAAUUCAAGGACUUGCAAUAACAGUCUCAGUCACAAACACAAACAGCUUUAUCUUUGGUCUUCUUCACCUUCAUCACAUAGCUCUUUAUCAAUAUAUUCCUCCUCGCUUACUCGGUUUCGUGUAAAUGAAAAUUCAAACAAUUGCUCCGGAAGUUGUCUCAUAUCUACAAUCCCAUGCAACAAAAAAGGUGUGUUGUGGACCGAGGAUGAACACUAUAUGUUUCUCAGAGGACUUGAGAAACAUGGGAAGGGUAACUGGAGAAGUAUAUCUAGAGAUUUUGUGACAACAAGAACACCAACCCAAGUGGCAAGUCAUGCACAAAAACAUUUUAUUCGACUGAUUUCGAAUAGCUUCAUGAAUAGAACACAACACAAUCUCAACCUCCUUAGUGUGGGGUGUGAAAGUAAAACAAGAACUUUUGAAGCAUUUCAUGAACCAAGUGAAGCUUUUGGCAGAAGAAACUUUCUCCCUCACUGGCUUUCUCAUCAUCAAUAUUCAGUUCUGAAAUGGCCUAACUCUUCAACUUCAACUUCAAGGAAUUGUAGUCCUGAGAAAGAAGCACCUGAUUUAGAACUCAAACUUGCAACUCCUAUGCCAUUAUUAGAGCUAACAGAGGCAUGCUCUUUAAGCCAUUUAAGUUAAUCAGUAUAGUGUAAGUGACACUGACUUUGAGGAGUCGUGUUUGUUUUAUUGUGUAACUCACCCUAUUCAAGCAAACUGUGAAGCACUGAUUUCAUGAAAUAAGACAGAAUUGGAAGUUUGUAUAUAUAGUAAGUACUGACAAUGUUUCACUUUAAUUUUAGGGUUAAUAGUCA